AUGGGAAAGAUAAGCCUGAAACAGAUCACUACGCGCCACCAGAACAGCGACGGCUCGACGAAGUCUGCACCAUGGAAGCUCGGAAAAGGCGUUCGCGCGGGACGGCGCAACCCUGGACGCAAUGACGGAUAUACCUGGAACGGUAGCAACUUCGUCUGCGGGUCAGAUAUUGACGGCGGUGGAUACGGAAUUGAGGAAGACUACCCGCACGAGCUCGAGUGUUCGAGCGGCGACACACAUGCAGUCCGAUAUAAGGACGCGGAGAUUCAGGUUCCUUCUCUGUACGACAUCUCCCUCGGUGACAUCGCGAAACCAGAGAGGAAGAAGAAGAAAGUAGCGACAGGACCUGCGCGGGAGUUCGAGAUGGUGGACUCAGUCCAGCGAGUGAUCGUGCUGGAUGACUUUGAGCUCGGGUACGAGGAGAGGGUAGAAGCCAUUGAGGACGAGUGGGAAAGCAUAGAGAGGGAAGACAAGAUCCGACCAUUGUAUUCAGCGAUCUUGGCUGGUACUCCAGGUUGA